AUGACCUUCAACUUCGUCUUCAACUACACUCUUCCGGCUUCGAUCCACGUUGGAUGGCAUCGUCCCAUCCUUGCUCUCAUUCCCAUCAACCCCGUUCUAUCAUCUCGGCUGGUCUCGUUCCCCUCGUCCUCUUCGUCCCGUACAUCACUGCUCGAGUUUGAAAGUCCACUUCAACAUUUCGUCUUCUUCAUCUUUGUACACGUUCGCCCCGAAUCGUUUCGCACCCUUCGCCAGACUUCGCUGACGCCAUCGGUUUGCUAUUGUCCGCAGCGGUCGUCCUCGAUACCGGUCAACGGUUUUUUUUUUUCACUCAAGACCCGUUCGUCGACCCAGGAGGGUAGCGGGCCGGACCGUCCACCGAGGCACCGAAGUGGCAGCACCACUCGCUCACGAUCCACUCGCAUCAAGGCGCAGCUUGGUGGGACUAGGGGUUCCGGGUUAUAUACUAUCUUUAUAGAUGUGGACCCGCGCGUUAGCUGCGCGGUCUUGGCUUCUGUUGUACUGUGGUCUCCUGAUGUCUGGCUUUGUUGGAAACUUGUCCCUUCCGAUCCUUCGGGAAAGGGCUACGAGGCUCUGCGAACCCUCGUCCCCGGUGGCAGAUCAUUUCUGUUCACUCUACGAGCGUUGAGUCAACGGGUCGCGUGGCGAGAAGGCAAACGUUUGCUGACCCUCGAGAAGCACGCGAAUUGCAAGGCAGCGCUCAACGAUCGUCGGCGUCCUCCAGCGUUCUUCUCCCAGAGGCUUCUCCGUCGGCCCAACCCGAUAUCUAUGUCGAUUUGUAGAGCUAUUACUGAUACGUCGCUCGCUGUUCUCGCUUCGAGCGACGAUGUCGAACGCGUGAGAACGCUUCAAGAAAUGAUCGGCAGCUGCUAUAUCUUCAUGUUUGGUCGACGCGCCGACGAUGCCUAUCCUCGUAAGGAAGAAUGAACAGCGGGGUAGUGCUGAAGGCUGACCUGAGAGCCAGAGAUACAGACACGUCAUUCGAUGAUCGCACAACCGGGCGCACGAAUAUGGCCGGGCUCCAUUGGUUUCGUUUAAACUCAGUCUUCGUAAACUAUCCCAAAUGCUACUUGAACCGAUCGUGCUUUAGACGUGAUACACGAUGCUACCUUCUUGUCUUAUGUGAAGCACGCAAUGUCAUAGUAUCUAUCCCAUUGCUCGAACGCUUUUGUGACCCGAUCGCCACACGGAUGCGAGCGAUUGCAGACUUUUCUCACGCGUCUGUCCGCUCCAGAUCGUUCCCGAUGAUCGUUUCGGUCGAAAGAUUCUCACCGCAGUAAAUUACCUUCUUGGGAUACUCAAGUAGGGAGUCAGCAUGCGGGAAAGGUCCUCUUAAAACACCAAGGAGAUGCCGCCUUCUGAAGUAACAA